UGUGAAAUUGUUUUAGCUAGUUUAUUCACAUCUCCAUGCAGGUUAAUGUAAGUACUUCUGGGUGGCUCAGUUGGUCUGCAGGGUUGGGGGACUGACACACUAUGUGUGUGGUGUCUGUAGGCUUUUCCUGGGUCACCUAGGUUUUCUCAUGACUCAGACAUGCACUUGGGUUAAUUUGGUGUCUAAAAAGCCCACAAUGUGUAGUUUUGCCCUGCGAUGCACUGACACCCCCCUCCCCCCACACACACAUACACUGUGACUCUGAUCUGUAUUAGUAGUUAGAAGAUCCAUUGGUGUAGAGUUUUAGAAAUGAUCUGACAUGCAUAGACAUGCUAAUUCACCACCCCCCACCCUCAUUAUAUACACCAGCCCAGUACCAGGGAGGAGCCCCUUUAAGCUACACGUCAGCCUGCUAAGUUUAUGUAAAUUUGAGACCCCUGGGUUAAAUGCAUGGGGUCAACAAGGUACUGAAAACACUUAUGUUUACUAACGUUUCAUCCAUGACAUUUUUACACGCUCUCAUUAACAAGGUGUCUUCACCCUCAGACCUGUUGUUGACUGUAAACUCUAGACAUUAAUGGUUGCAGAUUCCAGGAUAAAAGCUAGAACGGUAGGUUGGGAUGUGUUGAGGGUAAAAUUAAGUUAGUCCAAGAUAAAAGUUUAACAGUAGCAAAGGCGCGUCCACGGAGUGGGAGCUUCACUGGAAGCAAUGGCUCUUGGGACAAGCGUGUGCUUUCUGGUGCUGCUGGGUCUGGUCGUUAAGGUGUGUGGCCAAGCUGCUCUCAACACCAGGAUAGUGGGAGGUCAGAACACCUCUGUGGGAAGUUGGCCCUGGCAGGCCAGUCUGUACUGGAAUGGUUUCCACAUGUGUGAAGGAUCCCUCAUCAACAGUAUGUGGGUGCUCACUGCUGCCCACUGCUUCUCCAGCACAAACACAACUGGCUGGAGUGUGCAUCUGGGCCAACAGAAUCAGGAAAAUGUGAACCCCUCCCACAUCAUCCUUCAUCCACUUUACAACAGUCAGACACACGAUAAUGACAUCGCUCUACUAAAGCUCAAUGCCGCUGUGAACUUCACCAACUACAUCCAACCCAUCUGCCUGGCAGACAAUGGCAGCACCUUCUACAGCGGCACUGAGACCUGGGUCACUGGCUGGGGAGAUGUUAGCUUGAAUGUCUCUCCACGAUCACCUGUGACUCUACAGGAAGUGCAGACCCCUGUAGUAGGAAAUGGGAUCUGUAGUUGCCUUUAUGAAAUGGUAAACAUCACAAUCACAGACAACAUGAUAUGUGCUGGUCUCCUACAAGGAGGGAAGGGCUCAUGUCAGGGAGACUCUGGGGGUCCACUGGUGGCCCAGCAGGGCUCUGUCUGGAUCCAGGCUGGGGUUGCGAGCUUUGGCUGUGUAGAAACAAACUACCCUGAAGUUUUCACCCGGGUGUCCUAUUAUGAGGAUUGGAUCAACUUCACCAUCGCCACUGACCAGCCAUGCCUUGUCACUUUCCUCUCCAAUGGGACAGAGAGCAACAAUGGCACCUGCACUGGUGUAACACCAACUCCCACAUCCUCCACCCCGUCGGAUUCAUUUACCUCCAACAUCACCUUCAACACCACAGAGAAUUCAUCUAUGCCGACCACCACUGCCCAAUCCUCCUUCACCUCAGAGACUUCAUCUACCUCCACCACCAUUGCCCAACCGAAUGUAUGUGGUUUCGCUCCACUGAAUAACGCUGGGAACAGCGAGUUUGUGGAGGCAGGGGUGUGGCCCUGGCAGGUCAGCCUGCACAGGAAUGGGGUCCAGGUCUGCGGGGGCACUCUCAUAACACAGACAUACGUCUUGAGCACAGCAGAGUGUUUCAACAGCUCAGUACCCAACAGCCAGUGGACAGUGGUUCUGGGUAUGAAUGUGUCACUUGGGGUGUCUGACAUCGCCCUGAGCAACCUGCCGGGUCCUAACAUCGCUUUGCUCCACCUGGCCAAAAGUGUGACCCUGACCGACUACAUCCAGCCCGUGUGCCUGGACUUGGAUAACAUCGUAUUCACCAGUGGGGCAAAGUGCUGGGUGACACGAUUGAACAGUGAUGAGGGUGGAGUCCACCAGCAGGAGACGUCGGUGGAAGACUGUGCGUCCGUCUCACCUGAUGACAUCUGCACUCCAGCUAUAAGCUCACUGACGGGGUACACAGGGGGGGCACUGGUUUCCCAGAACAGCAGCACCUGGUUCCAGGGUGCAGUGAUAAUGACAAAUAGCUCCAGCUCAAAAACGAGACCACAGCAGGUCUUCAUAUCGCUGUCCAAGUUCAAGAAUUUCCUCGAAGGGAAUGUGGGGCCGAUGCCACAGCCCAGCAGAGCAGGACAGCACUUCCCUGCCCUCCUCACCCUCUCCCUCUCAUUGAUGUCACUCUGCGGCCACUGACAUCCUCAACUGUUUCUCUCCUCAUCAAUCAGCACCGUUUCUGUAACAUUAAAACCAAAUUAUAGACUGUAUGACAAAAAGUAUCUCAAUCUAACCGUUUAGUUUCUAAAAGUACCUUUUUGUUUACUCUUUUCAAAAUUUACCCUGUCUUUUAUCAUUUAAUUUUGUUUACCAUUUUAAAAAUUAAAAGUAAAUUACUGCCUGUAUUAAAAUAUUUAUUAAUAAUCAAGACAAACUUGACUGAACUAAAUCAUUUACAAUUAAAUUUAAACUCAUUAUGACUGGAUAUUUAAUUGAACAGAAAAUUUCUACAAAAUUCUGCUUCUCUCAUUAUCUUACAUUACUUUUAGCUUCUGAAAUAUAAGCAGUCUAUGUAAUAUAUAUUUUCCAAUCAGUUGUCUUUACCACUGUUCGUGUGUAAUCAUGUGUAGUCAGAUAUACAAUAUGAUACUACUUUAUAUGUCAAUUAAAAACUUUUAAAAAUUUUAAA